AUUAUAAAGCACUAAACGAUGCCCCUAUUUGGAAAAUCUCAAAAAGGACCAGCAGAUGUUGUGAAGGCUCUAAAAGAAGCAGUAAAUUCACUUGAAAAGGGUGACAAAAAAGCGGAGAAAGCUCAAGAAGAUGUAUCUAAGAAUCUAGUUCUUAUAAAGAACAUGCUGUAUGGUACAUCUGAUGCUGAACCGCAAGCAGAUAUUAUUGUAGCGCAAUUAGCUCAAGAAUUAUACAAUAGUAAUUUGUUGAUAUUGUUAAUACAAAAUCUAAACAGGAUCGAUUUUGAGGGAAAGAAGGAUGUAGCCCAAGUAUUUAAUAAUAUAUUACGGAGACAGAUUGGAACUAGAUCGCCUACUGUCGAAUAUAUUUGUACUAAACCAGAAAUUUUGUUUACAUUAAUGACUGGGUACGAACAUCAAGAAAUAGCAUUAAAUUGUGGUACCAUGUUACGUGAAUGUGCUAGAUACGAAGCUUUGGCUAAAAUAAUGUUAUAUUCGGACGAUUUUUAUAACUUUUUUCGAUAUGUGGAAGUAUCUACUUUUGAUAUAGCAUCCGAUGCAUUUUCUACGUUUAAGGAAUUGUUAACCAGACAUAAAAUCCUAUGCGCUGAUUUCUUAGAAAUGAAUUACGAUAAGGUUUUUAGUCAUUAUCAGAGACUUCUUAAUUCUGAGAAUUACGUAACGCGCCGUCAGAGUUUGAAACUUCUUGGAGAAUUAUUAUUGGAUAGACACAAUUUUACGGUAAUGACAAGGUAUAUUUCGAAUCCAGACAAUCUAAAAUUGAUGAUGAAUAUGUUGAAAGAGAGAUCCAGAAAUAUACAGUUCGAAGCUUUCCAUGUAUUCAAGGUGUUUGUAGCUAAUCCUAAUAAACCGAAACCGAUAUUAGACAUUUUAUUACGUAAUCAAGAAAAACUCGUUGAAUUUCUUAUGCGAUUUCACACGGAUCGAGCGGAAGAUGAACAAUUUAACGACGAAAAGGCGUACCUCAUAAGACAAAUUAAGGAGUUGAAACCGAUAGCGGGACAUUAAAUCAAUUCGUAUUCUAUUGCUACCAAUUAUAAUUUGCAAACGUCAAUCUAGGUAUAUCAUUAUUUAUAUAUAGAAAAAAUUGUCUCCACAAUUAUUACUCUUAAAUUCUUCAAGAUUAUUGAAUUAAAAGGAUCCUCAAUUUUUUUAUAGUACCGCUACAACCUCGGAUUGGGCCUUGUCUUACAACCAUCACUUUCGCUAUUUUCACUUGGAGUACCAAGUUGUAAUCUUAGAUCAAACGUGAAAUUAUCGUUUUAAGCCUCUUUUUCCUGUUUAUAUUGACUUUACUGAGUUAUCCAAACACUAUCGGCUCUAAUUUUCUCUAUUUCUUUCAUAAAAGACUCCUGGAAGGAUAAGAAUUUUGUAUAUUGCAUUUUAGUAAUAUGGUCUUCUUCUAUAGACUUAGGUUUACUUAAAAUACCAUGAAUCCAGUUUUUUUCACUCUCUUAUGGAUAUUGGGGUAAUAAUUAGAUGUGCUACAUCAAAAAGGUACCACGUAGAAACCUGCACCUACUAACUUGACAGUUUUCUAAGUAAUUUCUGAUGAUUAAUUGUAUUUUGAGUUGUUUUAUAAGAUUUUUUUCAUAUUUGGCAGAUUGGUAAAACGAAAAAGUUUUAAAUUAUUAAAUAAAGAAGUUGGUUGUGUCGGAUGCCUUUUUGAGGUACUUGAAAUAUUUUUAUAUGUAUUGUAAUAAAUGAUGCGAGACAAUUUGGUUUUUAUAGGACGCAAAUUUGUAUGAAAUUAUUUAAAUAUGAAAACCUUUGAACGCAAUCGUUAGAAAGGCAGCAAACUUUUCGAAGAAUCCUUUAGAUGUUUUUUUUUUCGCUCUGUUGUUUGGGAAUUUUGGGUAAUUUUAUCAAUUAAUUUUUAUACAUCAAAAUUAGGAGUUUUAUAAUUAUUAUAUGUUCAUAUUUAGUCAACAAUAAACUUAUUGAAAGAUACGCUGGAUCAUUGUAGUUUUAUUUUUCCUUAGUUUAAAAAA